AUGAAGCCGACAAAUGUUGAAUUUUUCAUGGCGGUGAACGCGGAGGCCACCAACAAGUACUUAGAGGGUAUCAAGCAACUUCUUGAGCAGCUCCUCGACAAGUUCUCCGGCCUCGAGUCGUGGAAGACCACCGCGGAUUCAUCAUUGGGAUCGCUGCUGCAGACCACGGCAGGACGGGUACAGAAGUUGGAGGCGCGACCACGACCGCCACCACCGCUGCCGCUGCCCUCGGCUACCAUGCUUCAACCGCGCCCAUAG